GGCAUUAAUAUUCAUGAUGCACCUUCUCCAUUCCCUCCAUAUGAGCGGCCAGGCAAACACAUCCCUGGUGAGUGAAUUCAUCCUGUUGGGUCUCUCCCAGAAUCCAGAUCUCCACCUACCGCUGUUCUGUCUUUUCACCGGGCUCUAUAUUGUGACCCUCGGUGGUAAUCUGCUCAUUAUUACUCUGAUCCGUACAGACCCGAGACUUCAUAAGCCCAUGUAUUUCUUUCUAGAAAACUUGUCCUUUUUAGACUUUUUGUUAAUAUCCGUCACUGUCCCCAAAAUGCUGGACAAUCUGGUAAAAAACAAACAGUCAAUUUCCUUCACCGGCUGCAUCAGCCAAAUCCACUUUUAUCAAGUGUUUAUGGUGGCCGAGUGUUUUAUCCUGGCCAUAAUGGCUUAUGACCGCUAUCUGGCUAUUUGCCAGCCGUUAAGGUAUCCCCUCGUGAUGACCAGGUGCGCGUUGGACUUGCUGGUGGCUUCCUGCUGGAUUAUCGGCCUGGCUUAUUCUUUUGCAAAAACCACCUUAAUGCUAAAUGUAGUCUUUUGUGGACCCAACGUGCUCAACAGCUUCUUCUGCGAUGCUCCUCCACUAUUUGAACUUGCCUGCUCAGACACAUCCGACCUGGACCUCUUCCAGUUUACGGCUGGAGUGUUUGUCGGACCUUUCCCCGCCAUGACGGUUGUGGUUUCCUACAUCCCCAUCAUUUACGCUAUAAUUAGAAUAAAGUCUGCACAAGGGCGGACUAAAACCUUCUCCACAUGCGCUUCUCACUUGGUUGUGGUUGCACUUUUUUAUGGGUCGGGGAUAUUCAGCUACGUCAUCCGGCCGAGGAUAAGCCAGCAGAACCAGAUGGACCUUGUUGUUACGGUCACAUACGCGGUCAUAGCGCCCAUGCUAAACCCUUUUAUCUACAGCCUUCGGAACAAGGAAAUGCUUUGUGCCCUAAAGAGGUUAUUCAGACAAAAGAAUGUUUAAUAUUUUGUAUAUUUUAUAACAUUAUUCCAGAGAUUGUUGUCUUGUUAGCAGAGCAUGUGAGAAGUUGGAUAAGUGAAGGAGGGACUUCAUAUAUUAUGUUACUUACAGGUUCAUUUUUAUUCCUCGAAUCAGAUUAAAAGUAUGU